GCUCGCAAAAUCCAAAUCCAUAUUACGCACAUGCUGUUUUCAUCUGGGGCUUUCCCAAUCACGUCACACAAUCUCAAUUUCGUAGAAACAAUAGAUGACUUCAUAUUUCUGAAUUUCUUGGUAAAGCCACCCGCCUAUGACGAAUUCAACAUAGGCUCAUACUUCGCCUCUUCUCCGCUUGGUCCAAAAUGUCUGAGAAAACAGGUUCACCGCUAAGUUUUCACUUGUUUAACUGCGACAACACGUACGAUUUGGAUAAUGUCGAGAAGCUCAUAAAGGCCGUCGCUGGCGAGGUACAAGUCCACCAGACCUACUUCCCUUUGCCUCGUAUGACUCAGCUAUCGCAGGAGCUGGAAGGGAAAACCAUGGACUGUGCUGUGUUUGUUGUCCAUGCUUACGAGUCAAGGCUUUCGAUUAACGAGCCGAGAGCUGGUAUCGGCUACGCGAAGGUCUACCGCGCUCUACUUAAUGCUACAGAGGGCCGUGUGCUGAUUGUGAUUGGUGGAGACGAUAACUACAAGACUCAGGAGGAGAGGGACACCUCGGUGCUGUCCCAGUGGGCUCGUGGGAAAGUCUCCUCCCAGUUCAUGGAGGAGUACAUGAAUGGCUCCCGCAGCUUCAUCUUCUCAUGGGAUGAACACCACCACCCCAUACAUGAGGACGCUUUACAACACUUCCUGGACCCCGGGAAGACCGAUGAGUUUGUGCCCAAGCCACGCCCUCUGCCACCGAAACCACAGCCUGAUGUGCGAGAGCAAAAAAAACCUGCAUAUAGUGCUCGGCCACACAUGGCCUUCUCUACCCCCACCCUCCCCUACCAAGGACAGCCAUGCUCAGCCCAAGCAAUAUCUUCUGGCUGCGGGAGCAAUUUAUUUGCCCCAACUCAUCCAUAUUCAAAUGACAGGUACCCCGGAGUGGCACAGAAUUCCGACGGUUCUAUCCAGUCACUCCCAAUAAAAGAAGCUCCUUUUACCCAAAACCGAUCUAUCGGUUACCCAGGGCACGCAAGUCAGAUCACAGGAGGAACAGGGGCGACUAGCACGUAUGGUAGUGAUGGUGCACGUGGCGAACCACGCCCUUUACCAUACGCACCCCUUGACAUCAGCCCGAAGGUGGGAGGUUUAACACAAACACAGCCCUCACAAACAGUCAACAAAGGCCCUUCAUUGCAAGUGUUUACUUGGACAAGCCGAAAGGAGACAUUAGACAUCGUCCACAACUUUAUGUCAUCAGUCUACAACAACCUCUCGCUCCCAGGCCCUCCCGACGCGCCGUCUGUUUCUUUUGAUGGAAUUUUAAGCCAUCUCAUCAAGGCUAAGCUCGAUUAUGCUGUGGCGGCGGUGGAAAAGGCACAGAUUGAACGAGUUGUGAAGGAUUUUAACCUCAGGAAUCUAUGGCGCACACGUUUAGAGAGCUUUGCAAGGUAUAUAGGUAAAAAGGCAAUAAUCCUUGUUUGUGACGAUGAAACGAAUACCGGCCAGAUGACGUCAGGGGGCGUACUUGACGUCAUCCAACAUAUCAUGAGUCCCAACGAAGCAAAUGAUAAACUGCUUGUCAUGUCAUGGUUUAUGAAACCUGGGGUCAUCCACAUGGACGCCUUGACGGACAUCUUGCGUCACCAUGGUGACGUUAGAUCAGAGCACAUCAGACAGGGUGGAGGGGGGGGCCAUGGCAGAGAUGAACACGAGGAAUACAGAAAGCAAGUUGAGAUUGAGAGACAGAUACAGGAUGCGAUAAGAGAUGAGCAGAAGAAGAAAUCCCGCGCUGCUCAAUACCAGCACGAAUCCCUACCUUGUACCACAGAUUACCAAGAUCUGCGCAAAGGGGGGCCAGGUUCCGAAAAGCUAUCCAGCGCCCAGCCCAAGCUUUGUUAUCAAGCUUUGCUUCAACAUGGUAGAGUAGCCGGGUGUCUAGUAAGAGACCCACCGACAUUCAAGGUGCCCCAGGAAAUGUUACAAGACGCGCUGCGACUUAACCUGGACAAAGCGCAAACACUAGAGAUCUGGGAUCUCGGUGGUAAACUCAUUCGAACUGAGCGCAUUUUUGACGAGUUCCAUCGUGUACUGCGAUAUCGUGCGACAAUGGAAUACGGCAAGCUUGCUUACCCAGAUCACGUUUACCCCCCCGGAUCCCAACCACCUCAGUACAUACUGGACGACAUGAUAUCUAGGAAUAGCCAAGUUCCCAAGGCUGUUCUGACAAUAUGGGAGAACGGACAGGGGGGGUUAACCCCAGUUGUGGAGACCGAGUCCCCAAGAUGGCGUCCGUCUUUACCUACAUGGCGUCCAUCGAUCUCCUCGUUUUCGUCCAAAAAAAAGGAAAAAUUUGUGUAAGGGUCAAACCAUUGGAUUAUUUUUUUUUUGUCUGUACAAGGGAGUUGGAACAGGUUGUGUUUAAGAUAAAAAAUGAGUCAUCAAUUUUCUUGCAGGAGGAGUACUUCAAAAUGAGUUAUUAGGUUUGAGUGUUUCUUUUCAUAAAUAAAUUUGUUGAAUGUCGUUAUGUUGUCUGGAGUCUUCGUGCGUACUAGAAGACCCAGCGUUCUUUGCGGGCACCCCCAUAGGUCCUCAGGAGGAGAUAAUCACGUGAUUAUGAUAGUGGCCACGACUACAGCAUAUGCACAUGAAUGAAUUAAUUUGAAAAGUAUUUCCUGUCAAGUAAAUGUUGUCUUUUUUUAUAAACUUUUACAUGAUAAUAUCUGUUCAGUGGGAAGUUUACAGUCCUUUGGGGAGUUGAAAGAACAGUGUCAGUGGUUCUUUAAAGAAAAAAAUGACAUGAUUAAAAGUACGAUUUAGUGUUAAAA